AUGUAUGCUCAAGCAGCUACAGCUAUGCCUCAACAUCAACAAGCUCCGAAACAACAAGGACAACAAUAUAAUCAAACUAAUUCAUCAACAGGUAUUGGUGGUAAUGAGGCUUAUUAUAGUCGUGGUUCAUCAUCAUCAAAUAAAGAAGGACAAUAUAUGUAUACAGCACCUACUCAACCUCAACAUGUUCAAACACAAUCUGGUGGUCAACAACAAAAUGUUAAUAAACAACAACAACAACAACGUCCUAGUGGUAAUGUUUAUAAUAAUCAACAAGGUCAACAACGUCCAUUUCAAUAA